CCUAACGGCGGUCAGACCAGUUUCGUCGACUCCAACGCAACGAUAAAACGACAAUUUGUUUGCUUCAGAGAAUUGUUUCCGCUCCAAGUAAACUGAAACGCGAGAGUCGGAGGGCAAGAAAAGUGUUUUCAUUCCCCAUUUCUGCUUGAGUCCGUAGAACUCUUCGAAUAUUCAUCGAUUUCUGAAAGGAAAUGCGUUCUUGAAUCUUGACUCGGUCGUUUCCAAGUUUUGGUAUUUCUCGCUGCCUGUCUUUCAAAGCAUAGUCCGUGGUGAUGGAUGCGCCUAGUUCCCGAAUUCAAUCACUGGGUGUGGCCGGGAUUGAUUGGGACAGGCUUGAUAAAACUAAGUUCUAUGCUUUGGGCGCCGGAAUCUUUACAGGCCUUACAACGGCUUUGUACCCAGUCUCUGUUGUUAAAACCAGGCUCCAGGUUGCUUCAAAGGACACUGCUGAACGAACUGCAUAUUCUGUUAUUAGAGGCAUACUGAGAACAGAUGGGAUUUCUGGUCUCUAUAGAGGCUUUGGUACAGUCAUUACUGGUGUAAUUCCUGCCAGAACUAUUUUUCUCACUACUUUAGAGACUACAAAAGUGGCUGCUUUUAAGGUGGUUGAACCGUUCAAAUUAUCCGAUACAACUGAGGCAGCCAUAGCAAAUGGUAUUGCUGGCAUGGUAGCAUCAUUAUCUUCUCAAGCGGCAUUUGUUCCAGUGGACGUGGUUAGCCAAAAACUAAUGGUGCAAGGAUACUCGGGCCAUGCAAAGUAUAGUGGAGGUCUGGAUGUUGCUCGUAAGAUUAUAAAGGCUGAUGGCAUCCGGGGAUUAUACAGGGGCUUUGGUCUAUCUGUUAUGACUUAUUCCCCAUCUAGUGCUGUAUGGUGGGCAAGUUAUGGUUCAAGCCAAACCCUUGUCUGGCGUCUUAUGGGCCAUGGCACUGACCUUGAGCAACAUCCUCCCAGCCAGUGGAAAAUAGUGCUAGUUCAAGCAACUGGAGGAAUUAUUGCUGGCGCCACGGCAUCCUCCAUAACAACCCCUUUGGACACGAUUAAGACUCGCUUACAGGUGAUGGGACAUGAGAAGAGACAUUCUGUAAGACAAGUUGUUAAAAACUUGAUUGCAGAUGAUGGUUGGACAGGUUUGUACAAAGGGUUGGGUCCAAGAUUUUUCAGCAUGUCAGCAUGGGGCACCUCAAUGAUACUAGCAUAUGAAUAUUUGAAGCGCUUGUCCAUUAAAGAUGAGUUGAUGUGAUGCUACUCCCCCACAAAUGCUGGUUCUUGCUUCAUGAAUUGUCAGAGAUUUUGGUCUGGAGCCGGCUGGAUUUCAGCUUACCUUGAAGACGUGGUUGCAGUAGAUAUGCGUUAGAAUUUAGAAUGAUUCUUUAGCAUCUCUUACUCAAGACAACAUUGACAUUACCCAAUCAUUUGCGUUGCUGGAGUUAGGAGCCAAGCUUUGAUUGCUGCAUUUGAAUUACACUAAUAAUUGAGGGCUAAUUGGACCUGGUUAAGAAUAAGAGCAUAUUGGCAUGGAACAUUCUUUUUUCUGUUUAGGAUAAAAUUGAAUCAGUUAGAAGCGCCCCAAGUGCACCUAUUUUCCCCUACACUUGGCCAAACUGUACUCUGAAAUAGCAAAAUUUUGUUUGUGGUGUAAAUACUUUCAUAUUCUAUGUUUUUCUGAUUUUCCAUUCAAAUUUCUUUUGAUUUUCUAUACUGUUCAUUGUAUCUGUACUGGAGUAUUUUCUGCUUGAGAGUUUAUCCUGAUUGCUAUGCAAAGAACAUAUUUUCUAGAUA